AUGUCAACCCCAUCCCGCGUCCCGUCUCAACUUCCUUCGAGGAUACCGUCAACAAGCGAGGUGCCCGUUCCCACACAAUCCCCCAGCACCGCCAAAGCCCCUUCAGCAGUCCCAGCCGCCACGGGCGCCUCAUCGGUGGCAGCUUCAAGAGUCGGCAAGUCUGUCCUCCCCUCGCAGCGGCCCGUCUCCCGGGUGCCCAUAAUCUCUGCUUCACGCACCCCCAGCGCUGCAGGCCCCGUUGGUGAGUCCCCCGCCACCAUCAACCCGAGCAUCGCUGGGGGCAAGAGCGUCUACGCGAGUAUCGUCCAUGGAGCUCGCAGGCCGGGACAGCAGAUGAGCGCGGUUCCCGCCGGGUUCGGAGCCGAUGCAUUGAUCACGCAAUCCCAACAUGAUCAACAGCAGCGCUCUAUCCUCCCAUCCGCUUCUCCUUCAAAGGGUCCCUCCACCGUCACGGGUUCACAUCCGAGCCGGCUGCCCCCCUCGCCUAGCCAGGUCGCUGGUGUAGAUGCUCCAGUGCCACCAGUCGCGUCAAAGUUACCGACAAAGCUCCCGACAAAGCUGCCGACAAUCGUCAGCGCCAGUGUAGCAAACGAUACCAAUACUGCUGGCCAAGUGCCCAUUAGCCAGAUACCGACCAUCACCCCCAAGCCGCCCGGAACUAUACUCCCGAGUAUACCCAGCAUCCUCGGGGUCAGCAAGGCGCCUGCAUCCCCGGCCCCGCCAUCAGUCAUUCCCAGCAUCAUCGGAGUGAGCAGAGUGCCCGGGUCCUCCCAAGUCCCUGGAGCCUCUGCCAUUGGCCGGUCCGUGAUCCCGGCUCCCGGAGGCCGCAUCCUCGAGACCACGUACACGACCCCGGCGGACCUGAAGCGCGCCGAGCGGCAGCUCAAGUACAAUUCGCUCACGUGGGAGCAGAAGGUCGUCCAGGAUGCGUGGGCCAACCGAAAGGGUCUCGAAAUGGCCCCUUGCCCAAACAAUUUUGGAUGGGAGCGGCAUGCUCAAUGUCCUGGAUAUCAGUGUAGCGGUGGGAUGCACUAUAUUCCCGACGUCUUGAUCGCCGAGGGCGUUCCGGGUUUGUACACCCAGAUGCCGCCGCCCUGGGGUUUCGGCCAAGAGUUGACACCACACCCGUCGCAGCGCAUCCCGUCUGGAUUCUUUGGCCCGGUACGUCCGAUCGGGCAGGAUCCCGACACCAAGAGAUGGAAAUUCCCGCCUUGGAGCUACCAGUGA